UGGUGUUGCCGUACUUUGCUAUCCAAGAUGGUGUACGCGCUGGCUUGCGCAACCUGUACUCUUGUCAGGCAGCAACUCAGAUCGGGCAGCGACAGUGUAUAUCCAUGGUGUAAACAUUGUCGAGGUGCACAGUCUUCUGACUUGAUAAAGUGUUGUGAGGGUUCAAGAUGACUCAGGUAAGCCAUCAGCAGUGGGGAGAGGUGUCUAGCCUGGGCAGUGUGGACCUUUGGAUCCUCCAGUCUUCCCAGGUGCGGGUGGAGGUCCUCACCCUGGGUGCAAUUAUCAGGUCUGUGUGCAGCAGAGGGAAGCACGGGCAGAUGGAAGAUGUGGUCUUGGGCUAUGAUGACCUGGAAGGUUAUGUGUCAGAUAAGAGGUAUCUUGGAGCUGUGGUGGGCCGUGUGGCCAACAGGAUCGCACGUGGACACUUUGUAGUGGAGGGAAAAGACUACCAACUAGAUAUCAACAAUGGACCUAAUGCACUGCAUGGAGGGCUCCGAGGCUUCAAUAAGGCUAUCUGGCUUGCUACAGCAGUGGAAAGUGGUGUACAGUUGAGUCUUACCAGUCCAGAUGGAGACCAGGGUUAUCCUGGAGAGGUGCAGGUCUCGGUCACCUACACUCUACAGGGGGAAACUCUGACUGCUGAAUACCAAGCCCGGUCCACUAAAACCACCCCUAUUAACCUCACCAACCACUCAUACUUCAACCUGGCAGGACAGGGUGCAGCAGACAUCUAUGACCAUGAAGUGUCCAUCAGUGCUCAGUCUUACCUGCCAGUGGAUGACACAUCGAUUCCUACAGGAGAGAUCAGAGCAGUGGAAGGAUCACCCUUUGACCUAAGAAAGCCUGUUCUGAUAGGCUCUCGGCUAAAGGUAAUUCCAGGUCCGGGAUUUGACCACAACUUUUGUCUGUCAUCACCUGGAGACCCCUGGACAAGGAAACAUGCUGCCAGGGUGUGUCACCCAGCCAGUGGGCGUGUCCUGGAGGUUUCAACUAGCCAACCAGGGGUCCAGUUCUACACAGCCAACUUCCUGGAUGGCUCCAUAACAGGAAAGGGCGGGGCUAGGUACAGGAAGCACAGCUCCUUCUGUCUGGAGACCCAGAAUUGGCCUGAUGCUGUCAACCAGGCUUCAUUUCCUGACUGUCUUCUGCGUCCUGGUGAGGAAUACCGACACAUCACUUGCUUCAUCUUCACCACUGUCUGAUCUUAAGGACACAACUCUGUCUACCAUCUGUGUCACUGGGAAGAAAAUAACUAGUUUAUGCCAUACUUUAUUAACUGAACAAAAAUGGAUGCUUAUUAAUUAGAUUAAUUGAGAAAAAGCUUCUCACUUGAGCUGUCAAUCAAUUUUAUAAAAAGUUUAUGGCAUCAGA